AAGCCUCUCACCCGCGGCAGGCCGGUGCGAGGCCCCCUCCAGAAGGUGAGCGGGAUGGAUUGGACUCCGGCGGGGAACGCGGGUGUCUCGAAGUGGUGCUAAUGGGAAGAGAUUUCUGCUCUCCAAAGAAGAUGCGCUGCCACAAAGAGCGGCUUGCGCGCCGGCCUGGGCUCUAGCCCGGGAGACAUCCCGGGAGAACUCCGAGCUUGGAGCGCUCGGCUAAGACCCGGGCAACAUGCCUGUUCGCAGGGGGCAUGUGGCACCGCAAAACACCUUCCUGGGGACCAUCAUACGGAAAUUUGAAGGACAGAAUAAAAAAUUUAUCAUUGCAAAUGCCAGAGUGCAGAACUGUGCCAUCAUCUACUGCAAUGACGGGUUCUGCGAGAUGACUGGGUUCUCCAGGCCAGAUGUCAUGCAGAAGCCCUGCACCUGCGACUUCCUCCAUGGGCCUGAGACCAAGAGGCAUGAUAUCGCCCAGAUUGCCCAGGCGUUGCUGGGGUCAGAGGAGAGGAAAGUGGAGGUCACCUACUAUCAUAAAAAUGGCUCCACUUUCAUUUGUAACACUCACAUAAUCCCAGUGAAGAACCAAGAGGGUGUGGCUAUGAUGUUCAUCAUUAAUUUUGAGUAUGUGACGGAUGAAGACAACGCUGCCUCCCCAGAGAGGGUAAACCCAAUAUUACCAGUCAAAUCUGUAAACCGGAAACUCUUUGGGUUCAAAUUUCCCGGGCUAAGAGUUCUAACAUACAGAAAGCAGUCCUUGCCACAGGAAGACCCGGAUGUGGUAGUCAUUGAUUCAUCCAAACACAGCGAUGACUCUGUGGCCAUGAAACACUUUAAGUCUCCCACAAAAGAAAGUUGCAGUCCCUCUGAAGCAGAUGACACAAAAGCCUUGAUCCAGCCUAGCCAGUGUUCUCCCUUAGUGAACAUAUCCGGACCUCUGGACCAUUCCUCUCCCAAAAGGCAAUGGGACCGCCUCUACCCUGACAUGCUGCAGUCAAGUUCCCAACUAACACACUCCAGAUCAAGGGAAAGCCUCUGCAGCAUCCGGAGAGCAUCUUCAGUUCACGAUAUAGAAGGCUUCAGCGUCCACCCCAAGAACAUAUUUAGAGACCGACAUGCCAGUGAAGGGCCUUUUAAUCAUAUCAAGUCAAGUCUGCUGGGGUCCACAUCGGAUUCAAACCUCAACAAAUACAGCACCAUCAACAAGAUUCCUCAGCUCACUCUGAACUUUUCAGAUGUCAAAACUGAAAAAAAGAAUACAUCCCCUCCCUCUUCAGAUAAAACUAUUAUUGCACCCAAGGUCAAAGAACGGACACACAAUGUGACAGAGAAAGUAACCCAGGUUCUUUCUUUGGGAGCAGAUGUCUUGCCAGAAUACAAGCUGCAGACACCACGCAUCAACAAAUUUACAAUAUUACACUACAGCCCUUUUAAAGCAGUCUGGGAUUGGCUUAUUUUACUACUGGUCAUUUAUACUGCUAUCUUCACCCCCUACUCUGCAGCCUUUCUCCUCAACGACAGAGAAGAACAAAAAAGGCGAGAAUGUGGCUAUUCUUGUAGCCCUUUGAAUGUGGUAGACUUGAUUGUGGAUAUUAUGUUUAUUAUAGACAUUCUAAUAAACUUCAGAACAACCUAUGUAAAUCAGAACGAAGAAGUGGUAAGUGAUCCUGCCAAAAUAGCAAUACACUACUUCAAAGGCUGGUUCCUGAUUGACAUGGUUGCAGCCAUCCCUUUUGACUUGCUGAUUUUUGGAUCAGGUUCUGAUGAGACAACAACAUUAAUUGGUCUUUUGAAGACUGCGCGGCUCCUUCGCCUUGUACGCGUGGCCAGGAAGCUGGAUCGCUAUUCCGAAUACGGCGCCGCGGUUCUUAUGCUCUUAAUGUGCAUAUUUGCCCUGAUUGCCCACUGGCUGGCUUGCAUCUGGUAUGCGAUUGGGAAUGUAGAGAGGCCCUAUCUGACUGACAAAAUUGGAUGGUUGGAUUCCUUAGGACAACAAAUUGGGAAACGUUACAAUGACAGCGACUCGAGUUCUGGACCGUCCAUUAAAGACAAAUACGUCACGGCCCUUUAUUUUACCUUCAGCAGUCUGACGAGUGUAGGAUUUGGAAAUGUGUCUCCCAACACCAAUUCGGAAAAAAUCUUCUCCAUUUGUGUCAUGUUGAUUGGCUCCCUAAUGUAUGCAAGCAUUUUUGGGAAUGUUUCUGCAAUUAUUCAAAGACUGUACUCGGGGACCGCCAGGUACCACAUGCAAAUGCUGAGAGUGAAAGAAUUCAUUCGCUUCCACCAAAUCCCCAACCCUCUGCGGCAACGGCUUGAAGAAUAUUUCCAGCACGCAUGGACUUACACCAACGGCAUUGACAUGAACAUGGUCUUAAAGGGAUUUCCAGAAUGUUUACAAGCUGACAUUUGCCUGCAUCUGAACCAGACUUUGCUGCAAAACUGCAAAGCCUUUCGAGGAGCAAGUAAAGGCUGCCUUAGAGCUUUGGCAAUGAAGUUCAAAACCACCCACGCGCCUCCAGGAGACACCCUGGUUCACUGUGGGGAUGUCCUAACUGCACUGUACUUCUUAUCCAGAGGCUCCAUAGAAAUCCUCAAGGAUGACAUAGUGGUAGCUAUUCUCGGAAAAAAUGAUAUCUUUGGGGAAAUGGUUCACCUUUAUGCCAAGCCUGGCAAGUCUAAUGCAGACGUGAGAGCGCUCACAUACUGCGACCUGCAUAAGAUCCAGCGAGAAGACUUACUGGAGGUCUUGGAUAUGUAUCCAGAGUUCUCCGACCACUUUCUAACGAAUCUAGAACUGACUUUCAACCUGAGACACGAGAGUGCAAAGUCCCAAUCCAUAAAUGAUUCUGAAGGGGACACCUGUAAAUUACGAAGAAGAAGACUGUCCUUUGAAAGUGAAGGCGAGAAAGAUUUUAGCAAAGAAAACAGCACAAAUGAUCCGGACGAUUCCACAGAUACAAUAAGGCGUUAUCAGGGUUCCAAGAAGCCCUUCCAAGAAAGGAAAAGCAGGUCGUCGUCCUUCAUCUCCUCCAUCGAUGAUGAACAAAAGCCACUCUUCUUGGGAACCGUAGACUCUACUCCAAGAAAGGUGAAGUCAACCCGACUCCACGGUGAAGAAACAGUGCCCCCCUCAGGAAGAAUCCACGUGGAUAAAAGAAGCCACUCUUGCAAAGAUAUCACUGAUGCACACAGUUGGGAAAGAGAGCCUGCCAGGGCUCAGCCUGAAGAAAGCAGUCCCUCAGGACUUCAGAGAGCUGCCUGGGGGAUCUCUGAGACUGAAAGUGACCUCACCUAUGGGGAAGUGGAGCAAAGGUUAGAUCUACUUCAAGAACAACUUAACAGACUUGAAUCCCAAAUGACAACAGACAUCCAGACCAUCUUACAGCUCCUACAGAAGCAAACCACAGUGGUCCCUCCAGCCUACAGCAUGGUAACCGCAGGAGCGGAGUACCAGAGACCUGUCCUGCGGCUGCUGAGAACCAGUCAGCCCAGAGCAUCCAUUAAGACUGACCGGAGUUUCAGUCCGUCCUCACAAUGCCCUGAAUUUCUAGACCUUGAAAAAUCUAAACUCAAAUCCAAAGAAUCCCCCUCAAGUGGAAGGCAUCUGAACACAGCCUCAGAAGAAAAGUUGACUUCACCUUCAACACGGGAUGGCGAUGUGUCUGUAGAGCUUCACCCGCGACCAAGAAAAACCUACCUUCAUCCCAUCCGGCACCCGUCUCUGCCAGACUCUUCCCUAAGCACUGUAGGGAUCUUGGGUCUCCAUAGGCAUGUCUCUGACCCUGGCCUUCCAGGAAAGUAAUCCUUUUGUACUAUUUCCUCCACAUCCAAUGUAAGUGCUUUUAAUGGCUGUUUUCCUUUUUGUAUUUAAAUCCUCUCUACUUGACUCAGGGGCUCACAAGGUACCAUUAUAUGCAAAAGUACUGUAUAUUUUUCCUAAAUUGAAGCUUGUAGGGUAAAGUUGAGCAGUUAAGAUGUAAAUAUACAUUAAGAGCUUUUGGUUCCAAAUGUUCAAACUGCCAGCAUCUCAAGGCACCUUAUUUUUUAAUUUUAUUUUUGAAAUCAUGUGCAUGCUAGGAAACUCCAGUUUCUCUUGCAUGGAGACUCCUAUUUACCGCUUUUACUGAAUCAGUGCUUGAUUAUGAAAAAGCCUUCCAGCAAAUAAGAAACUGAGGAAUGAAAGCGGUCAUGAUUGCAACUCAGAUGAUCCUCCACUCACAGGAUUUCGGGGGGGGGGGGGAUGGAUAGAGGGAAGUUAGUCACUUUGGAGAACGGAUUUCCUUCUCUAUUGACAUGUUUAUAGUUACUUACCUUCAUUUCCUAGGACAAUAUAAAAGAGGCCAGAUUGGACUUACACAUAUUAGAAAGGAAGCCAAAUCCAAAAGCACCAUAGGAUAUGGUUCCUUCUUAAUAGAUUUGUAGUUUAUUAAUAUAAACUCCAGACCACAUGGAAGAAAACACCCUUGAGGUUUCCUCAGGAACUCAGGCCCUAGUUUCAUGGCCCAGGUUUAGAAGACCUUCAGCAAAAGCUACUCAUUUUGGAGAAGUAACAGAGCAAAGCUGUCCCAGGGAACUUCUGGGAGCUGCAGUCUCUGGGCCAGUGAGCAAUCUAUCCAUAAGGAGUCUUUAUAUCCUGCUUUUAGACAGACAAGGAGGAGAGCAGAGACCUUUGUCUUUCUGCCCUACGUUUGGACAGACUGAGGAGGCGCACUGCUUCCCCAGGUUGUACUCAGCUAAACCAUUAUGAAUACAGGACAAUAUCAGUGAGAGAAUAAAAUGGUCUCUCUAGCAAAUUUUUCAGGAGCUUCCUUCAUGAGCUUCCUAAAAUAUUUACGAUAGUACAUUUUUCUGAAGUCUUAAACUGAAGAUUAUUUUGUGUGCUGGGAUGGCUCCUAACAUGCCCCUUACACAAAAAGAUAUCCACAAUUUGUUCAGAUUUAUAUGAGACCAAUCUUUCAUUUUAUUAAAUAGUAGACACCCAUAUUUUUUAAAUGUUCAGUUUCAGAGUAUUUGUCAGCAAAAUUGUCUUUUGAACGGGGUUGUUUCCUUGCUUUAUUAUCCUAGCUGUGGCAAACAUUGUUCAUUGGCCUGCCUAGAACCUUUUAUUUUUUAUUUGUUUAUUUUUUUGAGACAAAGUUUCUCUGUAGCUUUGGAGCCUGUCCUGGAACUAGCUCUUAUAGAUCAGGCUGGCCUCGAACUCACAGAGAUCUGCCUACCUCUGCCCCCCGAAAUGCUGGGAUUAAAAGCGUCCAUCACCACCGCCCCGGCUUAGAAACUUCUUAAGUAAGUUGAAAAUUACUUGAAAAAUCCAUUACGUAUAGUAUGGACUGAUUCUGUAUUGGUUCCAUCACAGGAUAUAUAUAGUAGAAGAAUAUAUUCUAACACCUUUGCGUGCUAGAUACUGUUUUGGAAAAGGAGAUGGCAUUUGGGUUGUAAAAUCAACACAGGAAAAACUACAAUUUACAAUUAAUGAUGGGUCAAACUCUAGUCAAAUUUUAUUUUCAACUCAAUUAUAAUCUUAAAAUUAUUAUAUACUAGCCCUUAGCGUUCUUUUCUCCUGAACAAACACCUAGAAAUUUGUUGGGAGCCUCUUAGUUUCUCUAAAAAUUCUUAUGAAUUUUUAUGAAUUCCACAGAGCUUUAAAUAGUAGUUUAUCUGCACGUUAUUAAAUGGUUGAAUUUUCUUUCACCUUUGACACUAAUCGUUAAUCCACUUAAAUUGCAAGCAAUUUAUUAAAUGCAUAUAACACUAUUCCUCUGUUUUAAUUGUGAUGAGAGUGACCUUAAGCUGUGCUCUAUAUAAUUUAAGCAGUCACGGAGUUUGCCAAUCUGAUCUGAGUGGGAGUAAACCUGUAUAUAGAGCACGCUCUUAUUCUCACUUAAUUUAAGAAAAGUAAUCAUAAGUGAUUGUGUACUUACGGCAAAAGACCAGUCAAGUCAACGAAAGUAUAAUAAUAAGAAUGGGCUUCCCAAAUCUUAUGAUAUGGGACAGAUAGAAAUGUAGAUUCCAGGCCCCUUUCAUUCACUCAUUCAGCAAACAUUCGAACAAGGUGCCCCACACAGGACAGAGAGAGAGAGUCCUGUAAAUAGCGAACAAUCUAGAUGUGGAUUUAGAGAUCUUAUUUCCAUAUUGGGACACAUUUCUGCAGCUGCAACACAUUUCCUAAGGACUAUUCUGCUUAGGCUCCAUGGGCAUUCCGAAUACAUUCACCAGAGAUUGCUCAUUUGUAAGGAGAGAGGAUUUGGCAGGUGAGGAACUGAGAUCUGAUGGUUUGAUCUGAUUAGCGAAUGCUUCAGCUGCAACAUUUGGCAUGGCAUGCAUGCAAUUCGGCCUAUUUGAAGCCUCCAUUUAUACUGCUUUAUAAAAACUGGGCAUGCAAGAAAAGGCAGACAAGGGGUAGUAUACCAGCAUCCAGCUGGCUUAGAUUCUAGCACAAUCCAAACCCCUUCCCUUCCUAAUUUCUCCACAUAGAAUAAUUCUUUGCUGUUUAAAUAGUCUCAGAGGAUUGUGUAGCGUUUCUUUUUUUCCCCACAGAAUAUUAAUUUUAAAGGUUCCCAAGCAACAUAAACAUACAUGUAGUCAUAAAUGUCAGAUGAACAGUUGAACUGGCUUAUGGAUAACAAAAGCAAUCAUCCUGACAUACAAUCUGCAUUCUCUUGUCCCAGCCGAAAAAUAACUUUGAAAUAGUAUUACCCUACUUAGCACCCAUAGUAAAUGCAAUCUGCCACCUCCAAUUUGGGGUCCUGCCUAAGGCCGGGUCUAAAUGCUGCACCAGCCUAAAAGCAGCCUAACUUUCCUUGGAAAGAAUUAGAAGCACUGACAUAACACCUUUGCCUUUAACCUAAAAUUAUUAUUGGUCCCCUGUCCUUAAAAAAAAAAAAAAAAUGCUGUCUUAAAGUUUAUUUGGCUGAGAUGUUCUCCUGCUGCUAUUAAUUGCUGGACAGAGAAUUGCCUCUAAGACUCAUCAUUUUAUCCCAGAGGGGAGUCCACUACUUUAAUUAGUUGAUGAGAAAACCAGGAAUAAAAAAAGACAGAAAUGAUCCUUUUAACAUAAUAGUCACUAAUUCAACAAACAGGGGAAAGCAGGGGGCCAAUUUGAGACAACGUACAUUUCAAGUCCAUUAUAAUGGACUGGCCACGAGCAUUAAGUUGUCUACUCCUCCAGUGAGGUACAGUGACACUAGAAAUCAGGUUUAAUACGUGCGUGUUAGAGCUCAAGGCUGUGUGGCCUCGAACUUGUACAAUGGCUCCAAAAUACCCAGGAGAAAAACACUUAUAUCCAAAUGUCAAUUUCAAAUCACAACUUACACAUCAUAGGUAAGGAUGAAAUGUAUCACGUCCUCGGUAUAUAUAAAAGAGUAACUAAAAUAUAUAACAUGCUUUGUAGUCAGGGAAAAAAGCAAUUCAGUAGAUUAAUUAGCUAGAAAUGAACUGCAACUGGCUAUAAUUUAACACAAAGAACUCUAUAUUGUUGAUUCAGGGAUAUAAACAAAACCAGAAAACAAGUUCUCAAUGUGUUAAUGGGCUUGUCAUUCAAUGUUUAAAACCUUUAGAUCAAAAAAAAAAAAUUGAGUAGGUAUUUGAUUUUGAAUCCCAGUUUUGUGGUAACGUAAACAUGUCAAUACCCUGCAUUCCAAGAGGCCCUGGGAAGACAGCUUGCUGCGGGGUGUCCGCAAACGGUUGUCUUAAGAUAGCAGUGCUCACAUCACCUCAGAACUUGGAAAUGAAAAGUUCUGGGUCUCAUCCCAGAUCCCAUUUAAAAAAAAAAAAAAAAAAAAAAAAAGUGAAGGCUGGGACCCAGCACUGGUUCAAUGAGCUCUCCUUAGCUUGGUCUGUGUGCGAACUGAAACACAGAGAUCCGCAAAGUGUUCCCUGACAUCAGGCCAACUUGAGCCUAGCAGCCCUUCUUCCACUCGCACGCCCUGGGGCCCUGAGUGAAGAAUCUCCCUCUCUGAGUUUUCUCCUGAGUCUUAAAAAAUGAAAUGAUAGUUGUUGCCUCACAAAAGUCUGAGGAACAAAAUCGAAUAAAGAAAAGUGCCUGGCACAAAGUAGGUGCUUAAAAAAAAAUUCCUAAAAUGCGCCCACCCCCGCGCGCCGCCACAAGAAACACGACAUUAAAAACAAUUAAGAAAAGUUUUCUUUUGAACAAGUGCUAAGUAACUGAAUCGCUGUUCCCAUGACGAAAGCUUUUGAUUCUGAAAAACGUAACUGUAGCUACCAUCUUCCCUUAACUUUGUGCUAUUAGCGCUGCAGCUUUAAAGGGAGAAUAUUGAUAAUAACGGCGGUGAGAAUGAUUCCCACGGUCAAAAAAAUAAUAAUUGCUCUGAAUUAAUGUCGGAUUCUGCACUGUGCAGUGUCUCCUUGGACAUGAGUGUUCCCACAUGGGUAUUUCAAACUCUUUACAAAAUACAGUCCAAUUUGAAAGUAAACACAAUGCUGUUUUUACAAAAACUACACCUUCCCAGGGUAACGGACGUUAAGCACCCAGCUCCUUUCCCUCGUUGCACAGGGCAUUCUGAGUUCUCGUGUGGAAUGCUGGAAACGGCCAAAAGGCUCGGCAUGGUAAAGCUGAAAUCAAGCCCGACCUAUCCCAUUUAUGGUUGAUGAAAAGCCCAAAGUGACCCUCAGUAUCCAAAUCCAUGUAAAUAACAAGUGACUUUUGAACUAUCUCUCUGAAACAUACAUAUGGAGGAGUGUGGAAACCAGGCACUGUGUAAAGAUGCAAAUUCAUCCUGUGGUUUGCACGGCACCACACAGUGGUGUUCAGGUAGUGGCGUGGCAAUGAUUGCCACGUGAUUAUCUGUCUUGCCUCCACCCGACUCUCCACACUGACACUCAGUAUACAACAAACCCCCAAGUGGUUUUCAUGCCCCUGCCAACGAAGAGAUUGCUAAAAGGAAACAGGAUUGGAGGGGCCACCUCUCCUGCCUUAGCUCCCAACACCUAUAGACACAUCCACAAUGCAGAUGUGCAGAUGUGUUCUCGGUUUUACAUAGGUUGCCCCUUCUCUCCCUGAUGCCCCAAAUGUUCUCAUUUAGAGCUGCGUGCUUCUGUUUCUUCUUAAGCUGAUGUUAGCCUUUUAAAAACUAAAGGCAUAUAUUUUCAAUGCUUUAUAAAAUAUUAGGUAUCAUGACUAAGCAAGGUCUACCAUGCCUAGGAUGUCAUUAUAUUCUCUUGUGGUAAAAUACACUUUGUUUUAAAGCCCAGUAUAGAAAAAACAAAAUUCACAGAAGACGCAGACUCACAUUUAACAGCAUGAAAAGAAACUACCACAGAGAUUAUUUCGUUGACUAGUUCGUGGAAGUUGAGAGAUGACUAACUGGAAGUUAUUUUAAAUUGCCAUGUUAUAACUAUAAAUGAGAAUAAAAAAAUCACAGUAAUGGAAUGUAUUCAAAAGUAUACACCCAGCUGACCGAGUCCAUCGCUUUACCAGUCAUGAUCAAACCAGUAAACACAGUAAAAAACAACCGCGAUAUAGUGCUCCCAAUUAAAUAUUUUUAUUGUGCGAGGUGGAAAUGUGAACAUGGCUAUUCUUUUAAAAGUAAUGUCAAGACUUAGAUUAAUUCCUAAACUGUACUCAUGUCAUCUGGGACGCCCAUUAGUCAACGUGUUUUGAAAGUUGUGAAAUAAUUGGGGACACCUGUGAUUUCAAAGAGUUCUAUGCUUAACUCACAUUCUCUGGGCUGCUUCUGGUAUAUUAUGACGCAGUUUUAAAACUCCCACAUGUGAAUAACCACAACCGUGAGCAUUUUAACUGCAUUAGUUUUCAUUUUGAUUUGCAUUGUUUGCGGGUGCACGAGCAUAGUCUACACCACAUUCCUUAUCCCUAACCAGAAGGAAACAUGAAGGAUGGAUAGAGUUGUGACGGGCUCUCCCCACAUUCUCCUCAGUUAUGACAGCAACGAAAUGCCAUGGCACCCUUCUCCUAAGUGGUACAAAAACACAGUAAAAAAAAAAAAUCCCUACUUUAUGCCUAGGCGCCUAUGGAUUUGAAUGAAAGGCCCAAGACCUCUUUAUAGCUGAAAUGUUCAGCUUAUAAUGCUGAUGAGAAAAUACAUUAUCCCAGAAGGCUUGCCAGUCAAUGAAUAACGUACUUCAGAAAAGAAUGUGUGUGAUCACUUGAAAAUGUGAUCUGAUCUAAGGAAGCUCACUCACAUCCUGUUACAUAGAACUUGAGAAUGCUUUAAAUGAAACGAAACCAUCGACCAAAACACAUACUACUUCAUAGUCUUUAUGCACAUAAUGUAGCAUGGAAUCAUAAUGCUUUGGAAAUAUUCUGUGCAGAAAUAUUUAUUUUUUAGCCAAUAUUUUCCUCAAAGAUUGGUAUGUGGUGUUGACAGUGUAAUCUAUUUGCACAGUUAGUUUUGCAAUAACCUUCUACAAAUAACUGUACAUAAGAAAAAUGUAAAUUUCCUGUAAAAAUGGUUGCAACAUUUUGGUAGCUGAAAGAAGUAUACAAGUUGUAUUGAAAAUAUAGUAUAUAUAUAUAUAUACCUAAUUCAAGAAUGAAACAUAAUUUAUGAUCUAUUUAUACAUGAAAAAUUCAAGAAUUUGUAAAAGAAUUUAUUUUGGGGGAAAAGAAAGUAAAUCUUAUUAGCUAGUUAGUGUACUUUUAAUAGCGAAGCCAACAAAUUCCAACAUUUUAUUAGGUACAGUACUAGAUAUAGGCAUGGUGGUGCUGAUCAAUUCGAAAUUCACAUCAUUGUCACAGUGCUACAGUUUUACCGAGGCCCAGCAGACCAACAGCAAGCUGGGCUGAGUGGUGGAAGCAUUAAAUCUGAACAGAAAGAACUCAGAAACAUUUUACUUAUUACCCCAUCAGAACUACGGUAGUAAAUGACUGACAUGUUUACUGUUCACUAAAAUUGUCUGAAGAAAAAAAAAUGGCCUUUAACAUGCAUUCAAAAUAGCUCAUUUGUAAUGAAAGCUUGGCUCAUCUUUUCAUUCAAGAAUAAAAGUAUGCAGCUAUGAUUUCCUCUUGCUUCAGUUUCAUAUGGGCUUCAUUUCUCCCCUAGUUGCUUUUGCGUCAGUUAAGAAAAUUCAUACUACCCUCAAAGACACUUCUAAACAAAAAUUCGUUGGCUCUGACACAGCAUGCGCUAAGGGUAGCACUGUCUGUGUAGUGGCAUAGAUUCUUCAUGCUUCCUUUUUAAGAUGUAAGAAGUCAAGAGCAUAUGUCCCCAUGUAUUAAAAGUAAAACCAAACUUAUUACAGGCAGCAGGAAAUAUUACAUUGCCCUCUGUCAGAGAAACUGAUUGUGAAAUCAGAGUCAAAGUACAGAAGGCAAAAUACCUGGAAAAUGACACUGUAUAAUUAUCUCUUAUCCUACGACACAUUUGAGGGUCCUGCAUUUACACAACUGUGAGAAAUUAAAUAUAUAUGCAUAAAAAGUCCAGUAAAUCCUAAAGUCGACUUUAAAUGGCCUAUAAUUUACAAACUAACAAGAGUCUUUAAUUAGUGUGUUUCUAGAACAGUGACAUCCUCACCGUUCAGGCUACCUUUUGCAAUUUCAAUAAUCAUAGAAAAUAAGAUAACUAAAUAAGCAACACAAACAAUUAAAUCGAAAUGGCUAUAUGCAUGUGUCAAUAUAUUUAGAUGUUUACGCUUAGAGAAAAGGUUAAACUCCAACCCCCAAUACGUCAGAAUUGGAAAUCCACCAUCCCUGGCUCACACAUCUCUCCAUAUAGCUAUUCAAUGAAGCUCUGUAAUUCCUUAAUGUUAAUGAAGGGGCUCACCUGACAACAAGAGCAGCACAUGGGCCAAAACCUUGUCCAUUUUCUAUUUGUGGUGCACGGUAGGCAGGUAGAAGCACUCUGUAUGUUUAGUUACUAUAUGUUCAGACUGACAGAAGCGAGCCUGGGUUUUAAUAUACUGCACUAUGUGUAAUGAAGCUACUUGGAUUAAAUGAGUGAUAAGAACAUACGUUUUUCCUUUGUAAGAAGGAAAAAAUUGUCUAAAAAUAAGAAGGGGACAUGACAAGAAGGAUUCAGAGCACAGGUUUCCUAGCAUCCAAAGGGCAGACUGGUCUAGAGUCAGAAGGGGUCCCCGAGUUCUCCACAUGUUUUGCUAGCUAUUCUUCUCACUGCUUUAAACUACAAGGAAAUUUUAAUCUAAUAUAUGGAGAGAUGUCUUGGUAUUGUUCUAAAUGAGAAAUGAGAAUGGUAUUCAUUUAAAAUGCUGUCUGCAUUCUCCACCUCACAGACGUUCUAAACAUCUGCAUUGUACCCCCAGCAUAAGUACACACUCUCCAGACAUAGUAUAGACGAUACCUUAGCCUUAGGCACUUAUUUGAGGAAGCUUAACUCACUACAUAAAUGAUUGCAUUAAAACAAACAAAAGGGAUCUUUUCAAGCAAGUACCAAAGUAAUAAAAGAGCCACGAUUGAGUUUUAUAAUUUUAGCUGGAGGAUGUGAUAACCAAAAGUAGUCCGGAAUUCUGAGCAAUGGGUUCAAUUUACAGAUUAUUAAAAACAUACCCUUAUCAAAUUUACAGAAAGUUGUUCAUGAAGCAGGACAAAAUAUAUCCAUUUUAAUUUGUCAAAGAUAAAAGGACAUUUUUUUAAAAGCACAUUUCUCAUAAGUAGUACGGAUUUUGUUUGUUCAAUUAGUAAUAUCAUAAGAUUACAAGUGAACUCGAUGUGUAUAUUUUAAUUAAAGAAAUAAUCACAAAUUGAUUUUGUUAUUUUUUUAAUUGCACAGAGUUUAAACUACCUUGAUAAAUUCUACUCUCUUCCAAGGUAAAUGCCUUUUCUGAAAAUAAAUAUAUAACUUGAAUAUGUAUUUGUUACUUUCCUUUUUCUGAGUGCAUGCCUAAAAUAGGUUAAUGAGCACAGCCCUUAAAAGACAUUUUCAGUGGACCAAAUCGAGACUCCCACGGCAUUGAUUUUCCCUGGAUGUAAUUUGAAAUGUGUAAACUGCCACUCAAACUAGAAGUGCAAUACCUGACAUCUAGUUAUUUGGCAAUCUUUUAGAUAACAGCUGAAUUAAUGCACUGUUGUUGAACUGACGCAUCUCAUAACAGUACAUAUGUAACAAAUUUUGUAUGAUACAAAACUUUACAGCAAGCUAUUUGAAUGUUUAUUAAAAAAUUCUCAAAAUGACAUGGAAACAUGUUUACUGUAUAAAUAAAAGCACUUAUACAUCA